GUUUGCUUACCCCUCACCAAAACAAAAACCAGUGGCUUCACCUGCCACUGGUUUUUCCAAAUAUUUCGCAUGUUUUUUCCCCUUUACUUACUUUUGUGGAAUCUUUAUAUAAGUAACCCCUUCUCUCCAUUUGUUUCAUCAAACCUGCCAGUUUUCUUCUAACAAUUACCUCACACUUUUAGAUAUCAACUUUUGUUGUUUUCUUCUGUCAUCAAGAAAAGCAAAGAGCUACUAUUGAUUAGAGAAGCACAAGGAGAUGAGUUCAUCACAGAGAGCUUGGAUUGUUGCAGCCAGUGUUGGAGUUGUUGAGGCCUUGAAGGACCAAGGGGUGUGUAGGUGGAAUCACACUUUGAAGUCAGCUCAACAUGUCAUAAAGAGCCAUAUUGGAUCAUUUUCACAGGCUAAGAACCUUUCCUUUUCUUCUUCUAUGGUUUCCACCUCUUCAAGACUAAAGGGAAAGCAAUCAGAGGAGUCCUUAAGAACUGUUAUGUACUUAAGUUGUUGGGGUCCCAACUAGAGAACAAGAUCAAUAGGGAUAUAAAAAAAAAAAUUGAUUUUUGAAGCUAGGCCAUAAAGACAAUAUAGAGGCCUGAGAUUCUAUGGUUGUAUUGGUUCUUGUAUAGCGAAAGAGGUACUGUUUGUCCACUGUGACAAAUUGAUGAUGUAAACGUAAUUAUAAAUGAAAAGUCAGAUUUUUCCAAA